GAAUCGCAAUAGGGGAUCCAGUGUUCGGUCCUCAGUUGGGACACAAAUGGUUCGGCACAUUUCCUUCAUCAUCUUUGCGAUACGAUACGUGCAGUUUGCAUGAAGGCUUAUCUUCCUGAUGACUGCACGAGUGGUGAUGUUGAAAGAUGUAUCACUCACAGUGGCGCAUCAAUGUUAUAACUUCUCGUGUCACCAAAAUAGAAAAUACAUUUCCCUCAAAAUGAAUGAAGUGUCCCUGGUUGGCUGGUGUGACUGUCGAGUCAGUUCUGUGCUGGGUAAGAACACACGCGAGCUUGGUAAACAGCACCUAUUUGAUGACUCGCCUGAGACCUGUUGGAAUAGCGACCAAGGAACUCCUCAAUGGGUAGCUCUCAGAUGGAAGGACCCUGUUCUUGUCACUGCCAUCACUGCUCAGUUUCAGCGGUUCGUGAAAGCACCCACUGGGAAUUCAACAAGCCAUGCAGUAUCCGCUGGCAACGAGUGCCCUACAAGCCAUGCUGCACCCGCCGAUGCUGAAUUCCCAUUAACAAAUCGUGCAGCCUCCACCGGCAAAGAAUGCUCUGCAAGCUAUGCUGCACCCACCGAUCCUGAGUUCCAUCAACAAGUCGUGCAGCCUCCGCUGGCAACGAAUGCUCUGCAUGCUUUGCUGCACCCGCUAAUGCUAAAUUCCCAUCGACAAGUUGUGGAGCAUUCCCCGGCAACAAAUGCUCUGCAAGCUGUGCUGCACCCGCUGAUGCUGAAUUCCCAUCAACAAGUCGUGGAGCAUCCGCCGGCAACGAAUGCCCGACAAACCAUGUUGCAUCCGCCGAUGCUGAAUUCCCAUCAACAAAUCAUACAGCCUCCGCUAACGAUAUAAAAUAUGAUUGAAAGGCAUAUAAAUUAGUGUAAAAAGUGUUGAUAGAAUACAGUAUUUUACGUGUUAAUGAUUAUUAAAGCCUUGACAAAAAGAGACUGUACAGUGUAAAUAUACAGUAGAAAUAAUUUUCAAUUGUGAAUUAGAAUUAGAACUCACGUGAGUUAGUAGUAAGUCUAGCUGUUGUGUGAAGUGAAUGCCUGAAAAUAAGUGUACAUACUGUAUGUACCCUGUAUACAGUACUGAACAAUAUAAAACAAGCGCUGCAGAGGAUGACGUAAUCUUCACAGUUUCGUAAU